AUGCCUUGUCUAUAUAUCAUCCCUCUACUCUCGGACUCGCCCCCACACUUGCCCUUCCAGCUUGUCGUAUUCUCGCCCUUCCUCCUACAACUAAAGCUACUUGGUUUCAUCAUGUUGAUCUUCUCCCCACUCGCCCCACUCGCCCCACUCGCCGCGCUCGCCCCACUCGCCCCACUCGCCCCACUCGCCCCACUCGCCCCACUCGCCCCACUCGCCCCACUCGCCCCACUCGCAGCUGGUGCUUUGAGCUGCUUUGGAUUCACUGCCUCGGGUGUUGCGGCAGGUUCUGCUGCGGCCGCGGUCCAGAGCAGAGUAUAUGGAGCGUUCACCACUGGAGUCUUCUCCUGGUUCCAGUCCUGGGGUGCCACGCUCGGCGCGUAA